AAAAAUAAGACCAGCUUAUUUUGACUCGUGAGUGUAGAAGACGAAAAGAGAGUGGAGAGAGAGAGAAGUGAGAGUGUGAGAGGGAGCACAGUGAAGAAGAGAACGAAGGAACGAAGAUGGAGACUCCUCCUCCGCAACAAGGCGUGGUGAAGAAGAAGGAGACAAGGGGCCGAAAACCCAAGCCGAAAGACGAACACGCCAAGGCGUUGAAGGAAGGGAGAAAAACACAGCAACAACAACAUGAUCAGCAGCAACAACAACAACAGCAACAUCAACCUUCGGUGGACGAGAAAUACACGCAGUGGAAGUCCCUUGUUCCUGUCCUCUACGACUGGCUCGCCAACCACAACCUCGUCUGGCCCUCUCUCUCUUGCCGGUGGGGCCCUCAGCUUGAACAAGCCACUUACAAGAAUCGUCAAAGACUCUACCUUUCUGAGCAGACUGAUGGUAGCGUGCCGAAUACUCUGGUGAUUGCAAAUUGCGAGGUUGUGAAGCCUAGGGUUGCAGCUGCAGAACACAUUUCGCAGUUUAAUGAAGAGGCACGGUCCCCAUUUGUGAAGAAGUACAAGACCAUCAUACAUCCUGGCGAGGUGAACAGAAUUAGGGAAUUGCCACAAAAUUCCAAGAUAGUGGCUACACAUACAGACAGCCCUGAUGUCCUUGUUUGGGAUGUUGAAAGUCAACCUAAUCGCCAUGCUGUUCUUGGAGCUACAAACUCUCGUCCUGAUUUGAUAUUGACUGGACACCAAGAUAAUGCAGAAUUUGCUCUUGCAAUGUGCCCAACUGAACCCUAUGUUCUUUCAGGAGGAAAGGACAAAACAGUGGUGUUGUGGAGUAUUGAAGACCAUAUAACAUCUGCUGCCACAGACUCCAAAUCUGGUGGGUCAAUUAUCAAACAAAACUCUAAAUCUGGAGAAGGCAAUGAUAAAACUGCUGAUGGCCCUACUGUUGGACCACGAGGCAUUUAUUGUGGGCAUGAGGAUACAGUUGAAGAUGUGACUUUCUGCCCAUCUAGUGCACAGGAGUUCUGUAGUGUUGGAGAUGAUUCUUGUCUCAUCUUAUGGGAUGCACGUGUUGGCUCUAGCCCUGUGGUUAAGGUUGAGAAAGCUCAUAAUGCUGAUCUUCACUGUGUGGACUGGAAUCCACAUGAUGAUAAUCUGAUUCUUACCGGGUCAGCAGACAAUUCUGUUCGCAUGUUUGAUCGCCGCAAUCUCACCACUAAUGGAGUUGGAUCACCCAUCCACAAGUUUGAGGGUCACAAAGCUGCUGUUCUUUGUGUUCAGUGGUCUCCAGACAAAUCAUCAGUAUUCGGAAGUUCAGCUGAAGAUGGUCUCUUGAACAUUUGGGACUAUGAGAAGGUUGGAAAAAAGAUAGAGCGAACUGGAAAAUCAAUAAGUUCUCCUCCAGGGUUGUUUUUCCAACAUGCAGGUCAUAGGGAUAAAGUAGUUGACUUCCAUUGGAAUGCAUAUGAUCCAUGGACCAUUGUUAGUGUGUCUGAUGACUGUGAAAGUACUGGAGGAGGGGGAACAUUGCAGAUAUGGCGCAUGAGUGAUUUGAUCUACAGACCAGAAGAUGAGGUUUUGGCCGAGCUUGAGAAAUUCAAAUCUCAUGUGGUGGCGUGUGCUUCAAAGACUGAAAAAUGACAUACGGCGGAGGCGAAAAUGAGUUCUAUUGUUGCUGUUGUAUUUAAUUUAACACUUGCGGUGGAUGUUUCUUAGCAUUUUAAAAUCAUUCAUGCAUGGGGCUGGAGUAGGGAAAACUUAGAUUAACAUAGAACUGACGAGGGUUUGUGGUUAUUGUUACUUAAUUGAUACAAUUCUAUUUUCUGUUUGAAGAUCAUGAUCCUUGGUUCAUGUGUCUCUCUUCACAUUGUUUGAGGUUGGCAAAUUUGUACGUGCACGCUGCUAAAUUCUAGAAUCACUGAACCGAACAUACAUUGUUAAUUCAUGAUCCUUUGCACAUGAAACUCUAGACAUGCUUUCUAGGUUGGCAAAUGAGAUGUUUAUGUUCUCUACUA